UUUCGCGCCUCAAGAUAUGAGACAGAUACUGAAGGAGGAACCUGUACCACGUGCUUGGCCGCAGCCCACGCUCACCGACAACGGAACGGUUGGCGUGGGCCGGGCACAUUUUGAGAAACAACCACCAAGUAAUUUAAGGAAGAGCAAUUUUUUCCAUUUCGUAAUCGCCCUUUAUGACCGACACGGCCAACCGAUCGAGAUUGAGAGGACGUCGUUCGUGGGCUUUGUCGAGAAAGAUCAGGAGUCUGAGGGCCAAAAGACGAAUAAUGGUAUUCAAUACAAUCUACAUCUACUCUAUUCUAAUGGUGUCAGGCAGAUGCAAGAUAUCUACGUUAGGCUCAUUGACUCUGCGACAAAACAAGCAAUUAUGUACGAAGGACAAGACAAGAAUCCAGAAAUGUGCCGAGUUCUGUUAACGCAUGAAGUCAUGUGCAGUCGAUGCUGCGAUAAGAAGAGCUGCGGCAAUAGGAACGAAACGCCGAGCGAUCCUGUCAUCAUCGACCGAUUCUUCCUCAAGUUCUUUCUAAAAUGUAACCAAAACUGUCUCAAGAACGCUGGCAAUCCACGUGACAUGAGGCGUUUCCAGGUGGUCAUAUCUACGCAAGUGGGAGUAGAAGGACCAUUGCUCGCGGUCUCGGAUAACAUGUUCGUCCACAAUAAUAGCAAGCACGGACGCAGGGCGAAACGCCUGGACCCUAGUGAUCCUGGCGAGUACAAUAGUUUAUAUCCACCAAUACCUCUCCAAACGCCGUGCAUAAAAGCGAUAUCGCCUAAUGAAGGUUGGACGACGGGUGGAUCUACUGUUAUAAUCAUCGGUGAAAAUUUCUUCGACGGAUUGCAAGUAGUUUUCGGGUCGAUGCUAGUUUGGAGCGAGUUUAUCACCCCACAUGCAAUCAAAGUACAGGCGCCGGCACGACAAAUACCCGGCGUGGUUGAUGUAACGUUACAUUACAAAAGCAAGCAAUUUUGUAAAGGAGCACCCGGUAGAUUUGUCUACGUUUCGGUAAACGAACCCACAAUCGACUACGGCUUCCAAAGGUUACAGAAACUCGUUCCACGGCAUCCCGGUGACCCCGAGAAACUUCCAAAGGAGAUAGUAUUGAAGAGGGCGGCGGAUUUAGCAGAAGCCAUUUAUAGUAUGCCUAAAACCGGAAACAUGGGGAUCUCAGGGGCGCCCAGAAGUCCGGGUUCAGUGCACGCACCCGCACCUCCUACAUCCAGUUCAGCAACGGCCUUUAAUUCGUAUACGGGGCAACUUGCAGUGACGGUGCAGGAAAAUGGUAGCGCGGCAAAAUGGACUGACGACGGUAGUUCCGUGACGACAGGAGCUGCUGCUGACGGAGGAGGCGGUGGCGGCGGCGGCGGUGGUGGCGGCGGUGGUAGUGUCGGUGGAGCCAACGUCGGUGGCACCGCCGACGCCUAUAGACAAAGCAGCAGCGCAAGUCCACGUGGUGUCGUAACCGGCGGUGGUUAUUGCGGUAGUUCAGCCAGCACACCACACAGUCACAGUACUAACGGAAGUUAUUCUGUUGCCAAUCCGUAUACCGGCAGCCCGACUCUCUACACCUCGCGAUUAGGAGAAGUGGUCGGAUCACCAUUCAACAUGAAUCCAUUUAUGUUACCCACCUGCAAUCAAGGAUACUCAGCUGCUACCAGUCCGCUGCUCUCGUCAAAUGGCAAAUAGUGCUACGAGAUGUAAGCUCCGACGAAAAUGUCGUAAACUGUAGCAUUCAUGGAAACAUUAUACAAUUCAACGAAUUGGUAUAUGCGAAUUGAAUAAUUAUUCGGAUAAUAAUUACAUAAAUAAUCCAGAUAAUUAUCGCAUUGUCGUACGUACAUUGCUUUCACGAAUGUGAAUUACUUUAUCCGUGGCUCCUUUUCCUUUUGACUUGUUAGUAAAAAGGGAAAAGAAUCAUAUGUGUCAUCAUCAUUUUCGUCGGAGUUGAAACCAACAAUUUCGUAAAGAAUCAGGCGAAUCAGUGCAAAAAUCUAAGACAACUCACUUGUAACGAUCAUCAAUGAUCGUAUUAGUUAAGAAACGAUACAUAUCGAACAACGAGAAGGUGUCUUUCUAUAAAUUUAAGAGCUCGGUCAUGAUUCGGAUGGUAUUUGUACUUAUAAAUGUAACAUUUUUCAUUUUAUUUUACAACAAU